AUGAGAAACUUGUUUCGUGCAGAGCCUGGAGUGGGCGCAACCCCUGAUUUUAAAGGAAGUUUCACUGAUGUAUGGCAGAAUAUGAGGGUCACAAUGGUGAUACCACCACUGACUAUUGCAAUUUGUAUAUGUGCGACAAUGUCUAUUAUGAUGUUCAUUGAACGGGUUUAUAUGACUGUCGUGGUUCUUUUGGUGAAGUUCACUGGUAAGAAAAAGUACACACAAUAUAAACUUGAAGCACUGAAAGAAGAUCUGGAGCAGAACAGAAGUUAUCCCAUGGUGUUAGUUCAGAUACCUAUGUACAACGAAAAAGAGGUGUACAAGCUCUCCAUUGGAUCUGUGUGUUCACUUAAAUGGCCAUCGGAUCGUCUCAUAGUUCAAGUUCUUGAUGAUUCCACCAAUGAAGUCCUAAGGGCAUUGGUGGAAUUGGAGUGCAAAAAGUGGAUGCAGAGAGGAGUGAAUGUGAAAUACGAGACAAGAAACAACAGAAAUGGAUACAAAGCCGGCGCACUGCGUGAAGGUUUAAAUAAAGAUUAUGUACUUGAUUGCGAAUUUGUGGUCAUAUUUGAUGCCGAUUUCCAGCCAGAAGAAGAUUUUCUUUGGAGGUCUGUACCUUAUCUUCUUGAAAAUCCAGAACUCGCUUUGGUACAGGCUCGAUGGAAAUUUGUAAACGCUGAUGAAUGUCUCAUGACUCGGCUGCAAGAGAUGUCACUAUCCUAUCAUUUUGCUGUUGAGCAAGAAGUCGGGUCAUCAACUUGUCAGUUUUUUGGGUUCAAUGGGACUGCGGGUGUUUGGCGUUUAAGAGCCAUUGAAGAUGCUGGUGGCUGGAAAGAUCGAACCACUGUGGAGGACAUGGAUCUUGCAGUUCGGGCCAGCCUAAAGGGGUGGAAAUUUGUGUUUGUUGGGGAUUUAGAGGUCAAAAAUGAACUCCCGAGUACCUUCAAAGCUUAUCGAUUUCAACAACAUCGAUGGUCGUGUGGUCCAGCUAAUCUGUUCAGAAAAAUGACCAAAGAAAUUAUUGCUUGUGAGAGAGUAUCCUUCUACAAGAAGUUUCACGUCAUCUACGCAUUCUUCUUUGUAAGGAAGAUCAUAGCACAUUGGGUUACCUUUUUCUUCUAUUGUGUAGUUAUCCCAAUAUGCAUAAUGGUACCUGAAGUUCAUCUUCCAAAACCGAUAGCCAUAUAUAUACCAGCAACAAUCACCAUUUUGAACUCAUCAUGCACCCUAAGGUCAUUGCAUCUUCUUGUCUUUUGGAUCCUGUUUGAGAAUGUCAUGUCUUUCCAUCGAUCCAAGGCAACGAUUAUAGGACUCCUAGGAGCCAACAGAGUCAACGAGUGGGUCGUGACUGAAAAACUUGGGAAUGCAACAAAGCAAAAAACCAACGUUGUUAGGCCACAAAAGAAACCACGUUCACGCUUUGGAGAGAAGCUUCUCUUCUCGGAGUUGUUAAUGGGAUUGUUCCUGCUAUAUGUAGCCUGCUAUGACAUGAUCUUUGGGAAGGAUCACAUGUUUGUUUAUCUGUUACUACAAGCAGGCGCGUUCUUCACUGUUGGAGUUGGGUAUGUCGGUAUAACAACCAGUUAAAUGUUAUUAGUGUCAAUGUUCAUCAAAUUGUUACAGGGAAUUGUGCAAAGUGGUUCAAGUGAGGAGGGCUAUGCUUAAAUGAAUACAAGAGGGAGAGGUGGAAGAGCAUUCCGAUAAAUGGUGGUGUAUUUUUGUUGAAUCAUUAGCAAUGUAUUCAAAUAAAGCUUUUACUAUAAUGCAAUAUGUUAUAAGUAUCACACAUCAA